AUGGCUACAAGCCGAAGUCCAAGUAGCAGUGAAGUCACUCGGCGUCAUGGCAAUCGCAGCCGUCGCGAUGGACGACAUGUGAGUAAACAAGAUCGGAAGAGUGAUGACCGACGUUUGACGCAUAAGAAACGGCAGCGAUCUCGCAGUCGUAGCAUACAUAAUGAGGAAAAAACUCACAAGAAACACUCGAAGAAAGACAAGAAACACUCGAAGAAAGACAAGAAACACUACAAAACGAAGAAGAGAGAUAACUCCACAAGAGGCAGCAAGUGCAAAAGUAGCAGCAAAUUCUACGUGUGA